AAUCCACUAUAAAAUUCCAUGAUGCCCAAACAGGAACCCUCACGUUCCCUCCUGUCCACCUGUCCCCGUCAUUUCCUCUCUGCUUUCCAUUUCCAAAUUCUUUCAUGGAAGAAAAUUCAGCUGCCAAACACCAAGAUUCCACGUCAGAUUCCCCUGAUCAUUCUCAGGUUGGUUCGAGGAAACCGAACCUGAGUUCACUACAAAUACCGGCAAGGUCGUCGUCGUUGGAAGCAGAAUUCACGAGAAUCGAAAUCACUCAAUGCCCUAGCCCAGCUAAACCAGGCCUGCCGCCGCGGCCGAAUUCAGCUAAAUUUAAAUCGACGGUGAAGAAUUUGCCUCCACAGAGAAGUUUAAAGGCGAAAGCUUUAUCAGAAGAUGGUGAAAAAACUGUCUUGAUUGUUCCUGAUACGCCGCCGUCUGAUAGUCCGGCUGCUAAGCCUUCUACCUCUCGGUCGUUUUCGCUUAAUAAAGUUCUGUUUCCGUUAAAACCGGCGAAUUCUUUGCCUGUUACGCCGUGUGGGAAUUCGGAUCCUGAGGCGGUGCUGGAGAGGAAUAUUAAUUCUUAUUCUGAUGAUAAGGUAGAAGUACGGCAUCAUAUAAAGCGGUCGUUGUCAGUUCCGGUGAAUAUAAAGACUAGAAGUUUAAGACGGACCGAGUCAGGUGGAGGUUUGUUUCGUGUGGUCUUGGCGACUCCACGUCCGGUGGCAGCUGAUAGCACGUCUACUAAUGAUGCCUCGGCGAUUGAAACCGCGAGUGAAGAUGAUGGUGAAGAUAUUCCUGAAGAUGAAGCGGUUUGUAGAAUUUGUUUGGUUGAGCUCAGUGAAGGAGGUGAUACUUUGAAGAUGGAAUGUAGUUGUAAAGGAGAGCUUGCGCUUGGGCAUCAGCAAUGUGCUGUGAAGUGGUUUAGCAUCAAAGGAAACAAGACAUGUGAUGUUUGUAGGCAAGAUGUUCGGAAUCUGCCUGUAACAUUGCUAAAGAUACAUAAUCCUCAAGCAGCUGGUAGGAGGCCAUUAACUGUAUCUCAGCAGAGGGAGGUCACUCGUUAUAGGGUUUGGCAGGAUGUGCCAGUUCUUGUCAUGGUCAGCGUGCUAGCAUAUUUCUGCUUUCUGGAGCAACUACUGGUAUCUGACUUGGGCCCUCGUGCUCUUGCCAUUUCAUUGCCUUUCUCUUGUGUUUUAGGUCUCCUUUCUUCCAUGAUCGCUUCCACCAUGGUAAGCAGGAGUUACAUAUGGGCUUAUGCUUCCUUCCAGUUUGCCGUAGUCAUCUUGUUCGCUCAUAUUUUUUAUACUGUGCUCAAUGUGAACCCUAUACUCUCUGUCCUGCUAUCCUCAUUCACUGGUUUUGGGAUUGCAAUUAGCACAAACUCUCUUCUUGUGGAGUGCCUGAGGUGGAGGGCAAGCAGGCAAUUGCAAUCUUCCCAUCAGCAAAAUGACAGAGCUAUGCAGCAGGCGCAGCUACUGCAACAACAACAGUCCAUGCAGACAUGGCAGCAAGAGAAUCAACAACCCAGACAACAAUCCAUUGAAGAUUCCAAUGUUGGACCUAUUGAUAGCUCAAGGCAACACGAAGCUAUAAUCCAGAAUACGUAGUUCACAAAGAUACGAUGAAGACAUUGGUUUUCUCUAAAGGGCUAGGCAUUGCUUUUUUGCUUCAGUCAGGAAACUCCACACAACCAAUUAAAAAGAGAGAGAGAGCUUGGAAAAGAAAGAUUUAUAGGGAUUUGGGGGGCAUAUAAGAAGGUUUGUUUCUAUUAAAAAAUAUAUUUGUCAUGAAUCCAGGUCAUUUGAAUGGCAAAUUGUGAAAACUCACUCCAAAUAGCUGACAAUCAUGGUGAAGGCUUGCUUGUCAAGUUGUCCUCUAGAAUAGAAGGGCUUGAUCAUAAAGGACUCCAGAUUCUUUAAAGGAAACACUGUUCUUGAAGAAUUCGAUUGUUGCUGUAGUGACCUGGAAUCUUCUUGCUGUAUUGCUAGCAAGAAAUGCACAACAGGAAAUAUACAUACCAUGUUUCAUCA